AAAUAUUGAAAAUAUGACAAGUUUAAGCGAGUUGAGGCAGCGUUUACUACACCCAUACUAUAUUGUUCACCUUUUGUAUGGAGCCACUUAUAUUGGCUCUCGUUUAAACCGUAUGAUAAAAGAAGGCUUGAUCAGCUUUGAAGAUACGGAGACGCGCACAUUCCUGUUAUUGGUGGGUCUAUCAUUCUGGAAGUGUUUAAUGGCUGCAAGUGCAGAAGAACUAUGUAGUGUUCUCAUCUUGUAUGCUAAGUUCUUUUCACUUUGCAGCAUAUUCUGGCGCUUUGGUUUUUGGUGGUCAUGUUUGUAUACUAUUGGCUGGAUAAUGCUUUUCACCAUUUUCCCUCAGCCAUGGUAUAGUGGACCCACUAAAAUUUAUGAGCUCAAUGCAACUGCUUUCCGUGAAAAGGUGCUUCGAGGAUCAGGAAAGUCGCCCAAGCCUUCCUUUUCUUCUUCUACAUCGUCUUCCUCUACAAUGCCAGUUGAUGAUAUUAAAGGCCCACGUAUCUCUGAAAUAGAUAAUAUGGAUUUGUCCAACAAAAAAGUUGAACCAGAAGCAAAAUAUUGGAUUGUCAUGCUAUAUGCCAACUGGUCAGUAUCCUGUCUUAAUUUCGAAGCAGUAUUGGCAAAGCUCUCCCUUCAAUAUGAUGUGCCUCAUUUGAAAUUUGGCCAAAUUGAUAUUGACUUGUACUCAGAUUUAGCUGAAGAAUUCGGUGUAAGCAAAGACCCUGCAUCAUUUGAUUUGCCUACUUUGAUUCUAUUUCAGCAAGGAAAAGAAAUCAGACGGUUACCCGAGCUUACUUUGGCGAAAGAAGGAGCUAAAAACACAACAACCAAUGCAGCAAAAGAUACAAUUACUAGAUUGGGAUGGAGUAAGCAACCUUCCACUGUAAUCAGCAUGUUUCAGCUGGAUAAAAUUUAUAACGAAAAAGUCAACUAGUCCUGAAAAAUAAAGUUGUACAGUCAUUUAGAGAUUGGUGUCGUGCAAAAAAAAAUCUGUUUAACCAACAA